CCGCGACCAAACAACGGUCAGUGGCGAUCCGACGCGCGCCCUGAAUGUACGCGUAUACGCACGUCGACUCAGGGUGAGAAGCGUGCGACGCGAAUAAAUUUGAAAUAAACAUACGAUAAUUUUCUUAUAACAGUGAUGAAAGGUCAAAGUAAAAGAUUCGUGAGCCAAACCGGCGAAUUCUACGAUAUGGGAACACCUAUCAAAAGGAAACAGGACGUUACAAUCGGGUUCUUCGGACUGUGGCGAUAUGCAACAUGGGGUGAGCGAUGUGCUACUCUCUGCGGAGCAGUACUGGGCUGGCUGUGUGCAGGAGGCUUGGUACUGGCCGUGUUGGCGUAUGGCGAGAUCACAGCCCUCUUCGUACAGCGCCAUAGAGCUGAGGAAUCACCUGCUCCAUCCCAUAUUAUGUAUUUAUUCGGCGGUGGACGGCAUUUGCCUAAUGGAGAUCGUCCGUCGCACAUGGACGCGUUGGUUGAGGACUCAAUAGCGUUCGCAUGGGCCAGUGUGGCUAUAAUGAUAGCACAACUCGUCGCCGCUGCGUUCGCUGUCACGCUUUGCAACUUUGCUGCCGCUAGAAUGAUAGCACGACUUCGCUGGAAACUGCUGCGGUCGGUGUUGAGUCAAGAGAUCGCUUUCUUUGAUACCAACACCACAAUGAACUUCGCUGCUUCACUUACCGAAGAGACGGAGAAGCUGAGACAGGGCGUGGGCGAGCAAGUCGCGAUGAUAUCUUACCUCGCUGGCACUGUGGCUUUAUCCUGCGCUCUCGCGCUGGCUUACGGCUGGCAGUUGACAUUGGCUGCACUGGCUCUCGUGCCUAUAGCUAUUAUUUUCGCUGCUAUAGUUGCUAAGAACCAGACUCGGUGGUCAGGCGAGGAAGUGUCGCGUUACGGUGCUGCAGGCCGGCUGGUGGGGCAGGCGCUGGCAGCUGUGCGCACCGUCAGGGCAUACGCUGGUGAAAACUUAGAAGUCGAAAGAUAUUCAGAAGCCCUUCAAGAGGCGUCGGUUGCGUCUCGCAAGCGUGUUGCGUGGGCAGGCGCAGGCGCUGGUGUGGGCUGGCUGCUCACCUACAGCUUGAACGCUGUCGUAUUUGCGUAUGGUGCAGCAUUGGUUGCUAGAGACAUGCCACUACCUCCACCGGAGAGAGAGUACCAUCCUGGUGUUAUGGUUACUGUGUUAUUCUGCACGUUCAUGGCGGCGCAGAACAUCGCGAUGUGUCAGCCACAUCUGGAGAUGUUCUCCGCAGCGCGCGGCGCAGCCAAGUCGUUGUUCAGACUGCUGGAGAGGCGCUCCAAGGUGGACGCGCUGCGGGACUCCGGCACCAAGCCUGAUAGCUUUAAAGGAGAUAUUGUCUUUGAUAAUCUGUACUUCAACUAUCCAUCUCGGCCUGAUGUUAAGGUAUUACGUGGAUUAAGUCUGCGAAUCAAGGCUGGUGAGACGGUGGCGCUAGUGGGGGGAUCUGGAUGCGGCAAGUCGACACUGCUGCAGCUGCUGCAGCGCGCCUACGAGCCUGACAGCGGCAGUGUUACUGUCGAUGGACACGCACUCAAUGAUCUGCAUCUACAUAACUAUAGACGUAGUAUUGGUGUGGUGGGACAGGAGCCGGUCCUCUUCAGCGGCACCAUUCGCGACAACAUCACACUCGGCAUGGAGAACGUCUCUGAAGCGGACCUCAUCGCUGCAGCUAAGACUGCGCACGCGCAUACCUUUAUUACCAAACUGGUUAAUGGCUACGACACAGUGUUAGGCGAGCGCGGGGCGCAACUAUCGGGCGGGCAGAAACAGCGCGUUGCCAUCGCACGUGCGUUGUUGCGCCGUCCCGCCAUACUGCUGCUGGAUGAACCCACCUCUGCACUGGAUCCAGCCGCGGAAAGACUGGUGCAAGCCGCUCUUGACGCUGCAAGUGUAGGCAGAACAACAUUAGUAGUAUCACAUAGGUUAUCAACAAUAGUGAAUGCAUCUCGCAUAGUGUACGUGGAGCAGGGCGCUGUGCUGGAGCAAGGCACGCACGACGAGCUGCUGGCGAAGCGCGGCGCGUACUGGCGACUGGUCAACGACGACCUCACACACAGGAGUAUCGAGAAAGCUCUAGCAGAGUCAACGGCGGAAGGUGAAGAUGACGACGUAGUGGUAGAGCGUAGACCGCAGCCCGUGCGAAGGAAUAGCAGUAUAUGUUCCAUUAGGAGUAGGAAAGGAUCAAUGGUUCGCGAGGGUUUCAUGCGAAGUAGCUUGCGACUCACCACACCGCCACCCGCACUUGACAUGGCGCCUGAGACAGAGACAGAAGAUGAGCUUGAAGGAGACGAGAGCGAACAGGAGAAAGAGCCUGCAGUAUCCAACUGGCAGCUGUUGAAGUUGAACGGUGCUGAGUGGCCGCUGCUGCUGGGCGGUGGACUGGCUUCACUUGCUAUUGGCGCCACCAUGCCGGUGUUCGCGUUUCUAUUCUCUAAAUUAUACGGGAUGUUCUCCCUAUCGAAUCCUGAAGAGAUCCUCGCCAAGUCGCACAUGUACGCAGGCAUAUUCGCGGGCGUGGCGGCGCUCAGCGGGCUGGUCACCUUCCUGCAGGCCUUUCUGCUCGGCCGCGCUGGUGCUCAGCUCACUGACAGGCUACGAGUCAUGACCUUCAGGAACUUCCUCGUACAGGAACAAGGUUGGUUCGACGUGCCGAUCAACUCAGUGGGAUCUCUAUGCGCCCGACUCGCCUCCGACUGCGCCGCUGUGCAGGGCGCUACAGGUACUCGUUUAGGCACUAUGCUUCAAGGUACGUCUACAAUGGUGCUAGGUGUAGGUCUGGCUAUGGCUUACUCAUGGAAAAUGACGCUUGUCAGUCUACUUAGUGUACCAUGUGUUAUUGGUGGAAUUUGGCUGGAAGGGACCGUAACAAAGCGGGCGGAGGAACGAGAAUUAAAGUCGCUACAGCGCGCCGCCCGCCUUGCGACAGAAGCUGUACUUAACGUGCGCACCGUACAGAGUUUAGGCGUGGAGCUGGCAAUACUGGACAAAUACGCCGAAGCUCUGCGCGAGUCAGAAGCGCACGCGCACGGAGCCCGCUGGGUGCGCGGUCCUGUCUACGGGCUGUGUCUGUGCGCGCCCACGCUGGGAUAUGCUGUCUCUCUUGCAUAUGGAGGAUAUCUAAUCGCCAGAGAGGAUUUGCCUUAUGAAUAUGCUAUACUUGUAUCAGAGGCGUUGAUCUACGGAGCAUGGAUGUUAGCGGAAGCUCUAUCUUUUGCGCCUAACUUCGCGGCGGCGCGUCGUGCUGCUGCUCGCGUUGUUAGUGCGCUGCAGAGGACUCCACAAGUUGUUACUGAACCCACUGCUGUCGAACAUCCUGAUUGGUCGGCGACUGGCGAGAUCAAUUUCUCGGAUAUCAAAUUCCGAUACCCAACACGACCACAAGUGGAGGUGCUGCGCGGACUGAGCGUGUCGUUGCAGGCAGGGCGCACGCUGGCGCUGGUGGGGCCCAGCGGCUGCGGCAAGUCCACGCUGCUGCAGCUACUCAUGCGCAGCUACGACCCUGACAGCGGAAAUGUGACAGUGGACGGACGCGAUGUGAAGCGGGACCUAACUUUGCGUCAGCUGCGCGCGCAGCUCGGGCUGGUGCAGCAGGAGCCGGCGCUGUUUGAGCGCAGCGUGCGCGACAACAUCGCAUACGGUGACGCCUCCCGAGAAGUGCCCUUAGACGAAGUCAUCGACGCCGCCAAGCAGGCCAACGUACACGACUUCAUUGCCAGCCUGCCACUGGGGUACGACACGGUGCUGGAGGCGGGCAGCGCUGCGUUAUCAGGCGGGCAGAAACAACGCGUGGCCAUCGCACGUGCGUUACUACGACGUCCACGUGUGCUAUUGCUAGAUGAGGCUACCUCCGCACUAGAUGCCGCUAGUGAGAAGGCUGUGCAGGCGGCACUGGAGGCGGCGUCACGAGGCCGCACCACCAUCAUCAUCGCGCACAGACUGGCCACUGUGCGACAUGCACACACUAUCUGUCUCAUAGACAAAGGUGUAGUAGCAGAGUCCGGUUCACAUGAAGAACUGGUUCGUAAGCGAGGUCGUUACUGGGAGCUGCUGCAACAGCAGGCCCCGGCGGAGGCUCAGCCCGCUUGAUAGAAGACACUGUUGUGGACUUAUCUAACCUGUGUUUUCUUCUUUACCUCACGAGAAGAGAGAUAGAGAAGAGAAGUAGAAUCUUAAAUCAAGAACUAGUGAAUGUCAGAAAAACUACAAUAGUUGAAUGCUUAAGCCAUUAUUAAAUGACUUUAAGUGCAGCAAUUAUUGCUAUUUAAAAAUGUAUAAAAUAUGUGAUAGAAAAGUGCCUUUAUGUUAAUUAAUUUUAAACCAAAUAUUGUAAGAUAAUCAAGGAUUACACUCGUAUUUUUAAUCUGUAAUUGUAGUGGCUUUUUUGCACUGGCAAGUAUUUUGGCUUAUGACAUUUGUAAUGUUUGGCAGUUGACACAUAUGACGUUUUAGUGAUGUGACCAAUCAAAUUAAAUCCAAUUUAUCGGUUAUUUUAUGAAUUACAUGAAAUUUCAAAAUUCGAAUAUAGAAUCUCAGUGAAAGAAAAAUAUUGAAAAGCCCUGACUAGUGUAACCAUGGGUUUUCAUUGUCAAAACUUUUUUCUUACAGAAAUUUUCGUAUAAACAUGUUUUUGUACGCGUGUUUCGGCAGUGGAAACUUUAAUAUAAGACAGUUUAAGUGCUAUAAUGACUGUGAUUGUGAUAUAAAAAUAGUUAUUAAGUAGGUUUACUUUCACAUGCGAAGAAAAUCGUUAAAUUGUACAACAAAAUUGUGAUAUAAUAAUAUUUAU